AUGUUCCGAAUCCUCGAGUCGCAAGCUCCGGCCAAGCAAACGGCCACGGACACCAUCGAUGUUUUGAGCAGUAGAUUGCAGAGUGCAACAUUAUUGGAGGAUCGACGAGCAGCAAUUCAAGGACUACGAAGCUUUGCGAAGAUAUACCCGGCGUCGGUAGCCUCUGGCGGUCUCCGAUCCUUGAUCAGCAGCUUGCGCAAUGACCAGGAGGAUGUUGACACCAUAAAAGUGGUCCUUGAGACCCUGUUGAUGCUUUUUGCACCAGAUGAGACAAGCCCUGAAGCAUCGGACGAAAUAGCUUUGUGGCUGGCAGAUGAAUUUACUCAGCGGCAAGACAAUAUCACGACCCUACUUGACCUGCUCGAGUCCCGAGAUUUCUAUUCCCGCCUGUAUUCCCUCCAAUUGAUGUCCCACAUCUGCAGCGCAAGGCCGGAACGUACACAGGAAUGCAUAUUCACAGCCCCAUUGGGUAUUUCGAGGCUAGUAAAUGUGCUGACAGAUGUGCGAGAGCCGGUUCGAAAUGAGGCCCUCGUCUUGCUUAUUGCCUUAACACCCGCAUCGGAAGAACUGCAAAAGUUAGUGGCGUUCGAGAAUGCUUUCGAUAUUGCAUUUUCUCUCAUCGAAGCGGAGGGUUCCUUGACCCAUGGCACGGAAGUCGUCGAAGACUGCCUCUCCUUGAUGGCUCAUCUGUUGCGAUUCAACAUCUCCAAUCAAUCAUUUUUCCGUGAGACAGGGUGUGUGAAGAAAGUGACACAGCUCCUUAUCAAUAGCCAGCAAGAGCAAGAAGACGAUGAGCUCCAGCCACAAUGGACUCUUGUCCACCAAGACAAGAACCUGUGGGGCCUUUUGGCUAUUAUUCAACUGUUUUUGACCCGCGGCAGUAUGAGUACGCCCAUAAAUCAAACCGCAUUUUGGCAGAACGGCGUGACAGAGCAAGUUCUCAGCAUUGCAUUUGGGCAGAAGUUCAGUGUCAACGUUACGUCUAAGGCCUUAGCAACCUGCGCUGAUCUGAUCCGUGGCAACUCGCCAUUGCAGGAGAGGUUCGGCGACAUCGAAGUUUACUGGGGUUCUCCAUCUCGCACUGCGAAGGCCGUUAACGGCGAUGCGAGUGUGCCCCAGCGAAUCAAUGUUAUUGAGGCAUUUCUCAAACUCAGCCUUCAACCUUCCCCCAACCAUUUAUUGGACGCGCGCCUUGCAGCAUGCGAGUGCAUGAAGGCUUUCUUCGCCCACCAUUCUGGGAUUCGCAUGCAUGUGCUCAAGCGAGCAAUUGAGGGGCAUAUCAGCGGGCAAGAUCAGAUCCCCAACAUUCUCUCUGUGUUGCUUACUGCUCCAGAGUCUCGAGGGAAUGCUGAUCCAUAUCAAGUAUGGAUGGCUUCUGUUCUUAUGUUCCAUUUGCUUUUCGACAACACUGAGGCCAAGGCAACUGCCAUGAAAGUCACCGAGGGCGAUGCUGAAAGUGGCGAAGAGGUGGUCACUAGCGUUCAGACUGUGAUCGGUAAUCUGAUCACUGGGAUGCAACGCGGUGAUGAUGAAAGAAUCACUGUUGGCUACUUGAUGCUGCUCUGCGGGUGGCUUUUCGAAGACCCGGACGCUGUAAACGAUCUUCUCGGCGAGGGAAGCUGCAUUCAGACUCUGCUUCAGGAGAUCAAACAUCAGAGGGUUCCUAGUAAAUUACUGCCUGGCCUUUGCACAGUGUUACUGGGGAUUAUCUACGAGUUUUCUACCAAGGAUUCUCCAAUACCUCGAGCAACGCUGCACAAACUGCUCAUUGAGCAGCUUGGAAGAGAACAGUACAUCGACAAGAUCACCAAGCUCAGAGAAUGUCCUUUGGUCCGUGACUUUGAAGUUCUUCCACAAACGUUUGGUGGACAGCUUGAUGGCGGGUUGCCUGAAGUGUUUUUCGACCGAUCCUUUAUUGAGUUCCUCAAGGAUAACUUUAGCCGAUUGAUCCGAGCCAUUGACCGGGAACCGGGAUUUGAGAUCUCUAUCGUCACCAACGGGGUUGAAAAGGGCAUCUCGCGUGAUCUCGUGGACUCUCUGCGUGCCGAACUUGAGGACCGGGGCCAAACUGUUCAGAAAUUGGAAUCUGAUCUGGUUAGCAUCCAGCGGAGGCUUGACCAAGAGCAGCUAGAUCACCGCAAGACAAAGGAAUCUAGCUCGGUCGAGCUGUCCAAAGCUCAGCAGACCAAUCAAUCUGUCCAGCACAGUCAUGAGCAGGAAUUGUCGAAACUAGACGAGCAACAUAAGCUGUCGAAGAAUGAGUUAUUGAAGCAGCACGAUGAACAACUUCGUGUCAUCGACAAUCAAUUGAAGGAGACCUCGGCGGAAUAUGAGCGAAAGAGCAACAAAGUGAGACAACAUCACGACCAAGAGGUUGCCGGUUUGCAAAAGACUAUCCGUGGAUUGGAGUCGGAGCUUGCAAAAUCUCGAGAACAGCAAGUUGGUGAGAUUUCCAAUCUCAAACAGACGAUCCAGGAGUUGGAAACCACCAUUUUCCAGUCCAGAGAAAACCACGGAAGCCAAGUUGCAGACCUCAAUCAAAAGCUCCAAAGCCUGGAGGCUGCUUUUGCCUCUGCAAAGGGACAGCACGAGACAGAAGUCACUGGCUUCAAGAAGACAAUUAGCACUCUGGAGUCGGACCUGGCCUCGGCAAAGGACGAAAAUGAGACGGAAGUGACCGGAUUCAAGGAUAAACUCAGCACUUUGGAGGCAGCUCUUACCUCUGCCAAGGGGCAACAUGAGACAGAAGUUGCAGGCUUCAAGAAUACCAUCGAGACUUUGGAGUCGAAUCUCGCCUCAGCCAAGGGCCAAAACGACACAGAAUUUGCUAGUCUCAAAGAUAAAAUUGGCACAUUGGAGGCUGCCCUCGAGUCCGCAAAGGGACAACACGAGACGGAAGUUACUGGGUUCAAGAAGACGAUUAGUACUCUGGAGUCGGACCUCACCGCAGCCAAGGGACAAGACAAUGCCGAAACUGCUGGUCUAAAGAAAACCAUUGAGACCCUCCAGUCAGAUCUUGAUCAGGCUCGACAGAAAUCGACCAAGGACCUUGAAACAGCCACAGAUGGGCUAUCGUCCAAGAUCUCUGUGCUGGAAACCAAGACCACCGAGGCUGAAGCCAAGGCGAAAGAAUCUGAAAGCAAGAUGAAAGACGCUGAGUCACAGGCUCGCAGUGUGGCCGAAACCCUUAAGGAUGUCCAAGCCCAGCUCGAGAAAUUCAAGUCCGACGCCAAGGACAAGGAAGACGCGCGUCAGGCUUCUCAGUCAGAGCUGGAGGACCUCCUCAUUGUAUUUGGUGAUCUGGAGGCCAAGAGACACCAAGACAAGAAACGGCUCAAAGAGCUCGGCGAAGAAGUCUCCGAGGCCGAAGACGAGGAUGAGGAUGAGAACGAGGACGAUGACGUUGAGUAG